AUGACUAUGGGAGAUGAUGAAACCGUGGAUGACUUUCAUGGUAGAAUUCUUAAAAUUUCCGGUCAGUGUCGUAGCCUGGGAGCACCUUUUGAUGAAGAUAAGAUAGUCAAAAAGAUACUCGGGGCGUUGCCAGAAAAAUUUCAUUCAAAAGUCACUAUUAUACAGGACUCAUUUGAUAUCGAUGAGUAUCCACUCGAUGAGCUCAUUGGAAAUCUCAAAACUUAUGAGAUGAGGUUAAAACCUGAGAAGAAAAAUAAGGGAGUAGCCUUUAAGGCAGUAAAAGGAGUAGAAGAGGAAGAAGAAACACUAGAUCUUGCUCUACUGACAAAGGAAUUCAAAAGAUUUCUCAAAAGCAAGAACUCCUCUAGAAAUCUGAAUGCUUCUAGGAAGAACACUUACAACAACAGUAGUGACUACACCAGUAAAACUGGAAAAGGAAGCUUCAAGGGAAACUACUCAGGAAAACCUAAAUGCUAUGAUUGUGGUGGCUACGGUCAUAUCUCCACUGAUUGUGGAAAUAGGAGGCAUGGUAACAGCAACAACAAGUCUCUUCUUUCAACUUGGAGUGAUGAUGAGUCUCAAGAAGUGGAAAAUGUGGCUCUAGUAUCAUCACUUCUACCUGAUUAUGAUAGUGACGAGGCAUUUUCUGAUGAUGAAACUAAUAUCCGCUGCAAACAACCCUACAAAGCUUCAAAGGUCACGUUACUGAGAAACUUAAGCUUAGAAAAGGAAGUUGAAUUCCUGAGAACUAAAAAAGAAAAGGUGGAGCAAUUGUUGGAAACUUCACAAUCUAUAUGGGAACAGGAAAGAAGCAAACUUGCAAAUGAGAUGGCUGAGUUGCAAAGUGACCAGGGUUCUUCAUCCUGGAAAGCUGAAAAGACUGAGUAUCUCAACAGAAUCAAAAUGCUGGAACUGGACAUAAGGGGACAACAAGUCCUAAACCUGGAGUUACUGACUAAAAAUGAGUCCCUGCAAAAUGAGCUAAAAUCGACUCAAGAAAAAUUCACCAGGUUUGAGGUCAGCUCCAGCACUAUGUCCAAAUUACUUAGGGCAGGAAGAGCACCAUAUGACACCUUUGGGCUAGGAUACACCGGAGAAAAUUCCAAAAGUACAAAGUUCGUAAAAGCAUCAGGACCACUUGUCGAAAAGAAGGAAGUUUCAAAUGAAGAUCAAGUCACACUAUUGAGAAACAUGAAUGAAGGUCAGCUAACUCGCACUCAUCAGGUAAAAGUUGACCAAGAGUCUUCCACUGGUCAAAUUAGGUAUACAAACUCUAGAACUUUUAUUCCUACCUGUCAUCACUGUGGUAAGAUAAGCCAUAUCAGACCUAGGUAUAAUGAGAGAUUGUUAACCUCACAGGUUUUUCAAGAAAAAUGUACUAUUGAAACUCUACAGUGUGAACUUAGAGAACAAAAGGAAAUCAUUAACAAACUAACUGAACUGUUUUCUAAGAAAAGCUCACAAACUGGAAGAAGAAAAAAUAUAUGGAUCAAGAAGAAUGAGAGUAGGUGUUUUCUAGCUCGUACUAAUGAAACUGAUGUUACUUGUCUGUUGACUCGUGCAAGUACAACCCUGAAAACUACUCAUAUUGAGGCAACCUGUUUGGUAGCUCUGACUGCCCUGGCAGACAAGGGACGAUAUUUUUGGUAUGUUGACAGUGGUUGUUCUAGACAUAUGACUGGGGACAAAUCCUGGUUUAUCUCAUUUGAGGACGAAAGCACAACUAGUUUUGUCACUUUUGGAGAUGGGGGAAAAGCAAGUAUUCUAGCUCGGGGCACAGUUAACACUCCAGGUAUACCUAAUCUCAAAAAUGUACUAUAUGUCGAAGGCUUAACUGCAAAUUUUAUCAGUGUCAGCCAUUUGGCUGAUGACUAUGAAGAUGUGUGGUUUAAUAAACAAAGAUGUUUGGUGCUGAAUCAGAAAGGAGAAGGUAUCAUGGGAGGUAAGAGAUCUCUAGAUAACUGCUAUCAUAUUCAAGCUAAUGAAUCUUUCAGGUUGCAGUCCUGUAUGUCCGUGAGAUCCACAGAAGAGACCUUUGAACUUUGGCACAGAAGGAUGGGACAUGUAAACUAUCAGGACUUACUGAAGUUAUCUUCCAAGCAAUGUGUCAGAGGACUGCCCAAUAUCAAUGGCAAAACCGAUAAGAUAUGUGGCGAUUGCAAGAUUGGAAAGCAAACCAAGGCACCUCACAAGGUGGUAAAUUCAGCAACAACCACAAAGAUACUGGAACUGUUACACAUGGAUCAAAUGGGACCAGCUUAA